AUGGCGCUAUCAAAUCUCCUGGAAAUUCCUGCGGCUGGCUUUAAUUUCGACAACGCCACUAGAAAUGCUGCAUUAGAGGGUCUUUUUGAAGGACAGAAACCCAAACCUAUGAAAACAGGCACCACUAUUGCAGGAGUGGUGUUCAAGGAUGGUGUGAUAUUGGCAGCUGAUACAAGAGCUACAUCCGGUGAAGUAGUGGCAGACAAGAUGUGUGACAAGAUCCAUUACAUUGCCCCAAAUAUAUACUGUUGUGGAGCAGGUACAGCAGCAGACACAGGGAAGACCACAGAUCUUGUAGCCUCCAACCUUGCUAUCUUCUCGCUGAACAGCGGGAGGAAUCCUCGCGUUAUCAUGGCCGUCAACAUACUACAGGAUAUGCUGUACAGGUAUCGUGGCCAAAUUGGUGCCAAUCUUAUACUGGGAGGAGUAGAUUGCACUGGGAACCACCUGUACACAGUGGGGCCAUAUGGAAGUGUAAAUACGAUGCCUUACCUUUCAAUGGGAUCUGGUGAUCUGGCUGCUCUUGGGAUUUUAGAGGAUGGGUUCAAACCUAAUAUGGAGUUGGAGGAGGCCAAGCAGUUGGUGCGUGUAGCCAUCCACGCAGGCAUCAUGAGUGACCUCGGCUCAGGCCACAACAUCGACAUCUGCGUCAUCACCAGACAAGGGGUGGACCACAACAGACCGUACCAGGAGUCAGAGUAUAAAGACAACAGGAAAGUGAACUAUAGGUACCGUCCAGGCACAACAACCAUUCUGACAGAGAAAGUCGUCCCAUUAAAGCUGGAGCUUGUGCAGGAGACGGUGCAGCAGAUGGAAACAGCCUGAUCCACAAUCCCAUCAUAUGAACAUAUGAUCAUCUUAUUGUUGAUCUUGUUGCUUGAACAAUGAAUCAUAAACACAAAUAAAUAAAUGAAUGAAAUAAGUUCA